AUGGACAAAAGCGGAGCCGCUGCCGUCGACUACCGCGGCCUCGGCAAGGACGUAUUCGAGUUCUUCACGCACCGCACAGCCUUCAACAGCGCCGCGUAUCUCCUCCCCACCAUCGAGUCCAUGAAGAAGGAGAACCCGCGGCUGAGGCUUCUCGACGUCGGCGCAGGCGUGGGUUCCGUGUCGGCCACGCUGGCGGAGGUCCUCGGGCCGGACGGGCACGUGGUCUGCACCGACCUGGCCCCGAGCGUGCUGCCGCAGGCCCAGGCGCUCGCCGAGUCCCGCGGCGUGACCAACAUCUCGUUCCAGACGGCCGAUGUGCACGCGCUGCCGUUCGAGGACGGCGAGUUUGAUAUUGUCCACUGCCACCAGCUGUUCGGCCACAUCAGGGACCCCGUCGCCGCCCUCCGGGAGAUGCUGCGGGUCACCAAGCCCGGCGGGGUGAUGGCUGCGCGCGAGGGCGAUAAGGAAACUGAGAUCAUUUGGCCGCCGCUGCCGGGGGUGCUGAAAUGGCACGAGUUUGAUUCAAACGUGGCCAAGGCACAUGGUGGCACCCUGACUGCCGGUCGACAGCUCCUUGCUUGGGCUCUUGAAGGCGGGGCCAAGCGCGACCAGAUUACGGUCAGCUACGGCACCUGGUUGACCUCGGAAGAGGCAACCAAGGCUGUAUACGCACGGGGUAUCUCCAAGGUCUUGACGGGUCCGACCCGGCAAAAUGCACUCAAGUUUGGUCUCUCGGAGGAAGAUAUUGAUGAGAUCUGCAGAGACACGCUGGCAUGGGCCGACAGGGAAGAUGCGACAUGGCUCAUGCUGCAGACGGAGAUCAUCAUUCGGAAAUAA